AUGGCCAUUACCUGUGAGGACGUAAAAGAGAAAGGAUCAGGAUCUUUAUUUAGUGUAGAACAAUUGAAGUCCCUUUCUCUUCUAGACGAGGAUGGUAUUAAAGAUUGCGUAAUUAUUUUAGGAAAAGAGCCGCUGACGAAGGAACAAUCGUCAACCGUGUGGUCGGCCUUAAUAGAUAUAUACAAAUCUGUGGAUGAUAUUCCCGAAGAAAGCCUACAACAUUUGGGUUGGAUCGCCAACGGAAUAUCUUUGGAGCACUUUUACAACCUUUCGUUAACAGAAGUGGAUACGAUAGCCGCCUUCGGCAGGCUAAGUUGGUUCAAUCAGGAACAGCUUCACUCCCUGAAUGCCGCCAUAUUCGAACAGUGGAGCAGUAAGGAUAUUGAAGAUCUUUCCAGCUAUGAUUUAAUGAAUUUGAGGCAAAUACUUUGUGCACUCAAUGGAUCCGAAAUAAUCAAGAUUCAUCCAGACGCCUAUAAAGAAGCAGCUCAAGAGCUGUCAACUUUAACAAACUGCAGAAAAGAUGUGAUCUCAGGGCUCGCGGAAUUAGCAACAAGCCCACUUGCCUUUGGAGACCCUAGAAAUUGGACGUCACUCCAUAUUGCUUCAAUAGGUUGCAUUAUUGGAGGACUCUCUUCAGUUAGAGUCAUUCCUCCAUCUGCAAUGGAAGGAUUAACUAAAAGCACCAUUGUCUGCUUACCACCCAGUGUACUCCAGGAAAUGAGUGAUGAGCAAAUCAUAAAUCUUUCCCCAUCAGCUGCUGGUUCACUAAGUUCUAAACAAUUGUCUGCUCUUUACAAAUCUCAAAAAUAUGCUCUUCAAUUGGCUAUAAAAGGCAGAACUGCCAAUGACAAAUCUUCUUCAAUUGUAUUAUUUGUAAGUAAUUAUUUAAUUAUAAUAGUUAUUGUUUUUAUUACUUUUUAA